AUGGCAAACCAGUACGAAGACGAAGCUAAUAACCACGGCGAUGAGAGCGAUAUAGACGAUAUUGAUGGCGAAAGUUUUGCAAGAAGGUAUUAAAACAUAUAUAUAUUACUGAUAUAUACAACUCGUAUAUACGAUAUAUGCAACCCCUUUAUCUUUAUAAUCCCCUGACCCAGUUGUCUGGCAAACAGAUAAAGGUUCAACGGAUUUUCUAGCUGCAAGGAUUAACUUUGUUAUUGGUACUGGUGCUUCCAUCAGUUUAAGUGAGGGGGGGGGAGGGGGUGUCUACAAAAUGAAAAUUUAAAUACAGUAAGAUGAAUAUCAAUCAAAUGUUUUACAAAAAUCCCCAUAAAGUAUGAGUACUAAAUUUAUGUGGAACACCAGACAUAAGUCCUAUAAUCCCUUCCCACUAAAGAUAAUUAGUUAAAUCCCCACCCACUUAAUACCACAACCCUGUUUACCUUUUAAGUGCAUGCACAGUUAAUAGAUAUCUAUUAACCAUGGUGUAUGGGAGAUAUUAACUCUUGCUUGAUGGUGUGAUACACUAUUUGCAAACAAUCAGGAUUGACAUGAAGGUUCUGUGAUUGGUUGAUUAUGACAAAGAAAUACAACGAACUGUAUAGUAAAUUUUCUGAAUGAGUUGCAAACACUGUUCCCCUCUACAUUAGCCAAUUAGCUUUGUGCUGACCCAAAAAUCUUUGUGUUUUGAAUAAAAAACCCAUGGAAAUGGGUUGACUAGCUGCUGCGUAUAAUCAUCGAAAUAGGGAAGCAUGACAGGAUUGGAGCAUAAUUUUGCUAAAACAAAUUUUUGCAGUUGAGAAUCGUGAACAUUAAGUACAUGAUUUCAAUUUAUACGAAAGGAAUUGUAUAACAAUAUUUUUCUUCACCGAUUGUUUUCUUUCUGUUACAGCAAGGGAAGGCCAAAUGUUGGUGUGACACCAAGUCAAGUCAAGGAAAUGUUUGAUUUGGGCUUUUCUGUAACUCAAAUGGCUGCACGCUUUUGUGUGAGUAGGCCUACCAUAUACAAGCUUUUAAGAAAUACAGACAUUGAACAUUCACAAAGAUUUACUGUUGUUAAUGAUGAUGAACUGGAUCGUAUUAUAUGUCAAAUUAAGGAAGCCCACCCUAAUGCAGGUGAAAUAAACGUAAUUGGCCAUCUGCGAGCUCGCAAAAUUAGGGUUCAAAGGCAAAGAGUAAGAGCUUCUAUCCAUCGGGUGGAUCCACAAGGCCCAUCUGAACGGAGCUCUAGAAAUUUCCAUCCCAGAGUAUAUGAAACCCCUUGCCCCAAUUAUGUGUGGCAUCUAGAUGGCAACCACAAGCUUGUCAAAUGGGGAUUUGUUACACACCUUGCAAUUGAUGGUUUUACCAGGCUAAUAACUUUUGGAGAGACAUCGAACAAUAACCAGGCUGAAACUGUAAUGGAAAAAUUUACAAGGGCAGUUGAGAAAUAUGGCAGACCAUUGCGGGUAAGAACUGACCAUGGUGGUGAAAAUGUUCGAGUCUGGCAGGAUAUGAUCCACCACAGAGGCCCGAAUAGCGUUAUAGCUGGAUCAUCUGUUCGAAACCAACGAGUAGAACGCCUCAAUGGUGAUGUAAAUGUUCAGGUAAAUAGGUAUUAUGCAUAAAUUUUCAGAGAGCUUGAAUUCGAAGAAAAGCUAAAUAUAGCAAACAGCACUGACAAGUUUUGUUUGCAUUAUGCCUACUUACCAAGGAUAAACAAGACCAUGGCAGAUUUUAUUAAUGCUCACAACUGCCAUAACAUAUCAACAGAAGGAUCAGCUACACCUCAACAGCUUAUGUAUGCAUAUAGGCACCUAACAGAACUCCAUCAUUCGAUAUUGCACUCAACACCAUACCCUACUGUUUCAGUACAAGAACUUCUGCAAAACCCUACUGCACUCCCCUAUGUUGAUGUAUUACCUUCUGUUUAUCAACUCCCAAAUGAUGUGUUCAAUGAACUGAGGGAAGUUGUUAAUCCCUUAGCAGAGUCUAAUGAUAAGGGCAAGGACAUAUACAUGGAAACUGUGAAAUUUGUUGGAGAUUAUCUCACAGGUGCACAGCCUUCAUAA